AUGUCAAAGUAUGCCGUUGAAUUACCACAAACGUCAAUAUUUAGUGGAAACUCUACAAUUGAACAAUUGGAACAGUAUUCCAAUUCCGUUGAUGCGAUAUCACUAAUAAUACACCACAAUGAACUUAUUAAGCUAUAUAAGGUCAAUGAUUUGCAAAAAUAUAUAAUAAACUUCCCUAAGUCGAAGAGGAUGGAUAAGACCCGAGCUCCAUUAAUGAAGAUAUAUUUUCUCCCUUCAAUCACUCAUGAUCUUUCUAACUGGCCUAAGGAAGCCCAGAAAAUUAUUGCUUCAGUUGAUCAUGUAAUCGCUAGUGACAAGCUUUACUAUACUUACAACGACCUAAGCCUAUCAGAAGCUCUGUACCUACUGGCACCGAAUGAUAACUUCCAAAGUAUUUCAUUUGAAACAAUUGGACAUAUUGCCCAUUUAAAUUUGACAGAAAAUCGAAUUCCAAUUAAGCAUUUAAUUGGGAAGGUUAUAUACGAUAAAAACAAACACAUUAAAACAGUGGUAAAUAAGGUAGGCAAACUGAACAAUACUUUCAGAACCAUGGAAUUGGAAUUGAUUUAUGGUAAUAAGAAUUAUAUUACAACGUUGACGGAAAACGGAAUCAAAUUCAAAGUAGAUUAUGAGAACAUUUACUGGAAUUCUAGACUUGAAACUGAAAGAUUUAGGAUAUCACAAUUGCUGAAACCUGGCGAUUUCGUGAUGGAUAUAUUUGCAGGAUUAGGUGCUUUUGCAAUGUACACAGCUAGAAAGGGUUGUUUAACAUUUGCAAAUGAUCUAAAUCCUAUAGCCUCUCAAUAUAUUUAUGAAAAUGCGCAGUUAAAUAAAGUAGAUCAUUUAAUCCAUUCUUACAACAUGGAUGCCCGAGAAUUUAUCAAUUUCAUUCUAUCGAAUAAAUCCAUACUUACUUAUGAGAUAAAUGCCAAACUUAAUAAGGGCGAGCCAGUGACUUUGCACAUACUGAUGAAUUUGCCAGAGAUGGCCCCAGAAUAUCUAGAUUCGUUUCAUAUACUAAACCAGCUCCCUCAAGUAGAUGUACAAUUCCACACAUACUUAUUCUGCAAAAACUACGAAGACUUAAGUCAAAUUAAGGAAAAGGCUUAUCAAUCGCUGGGAUUCCUUCCCAAUGCCAACUUUCAUGAAGUUAGGAGUGUUGCGCCUAACAAGAUUAUGUAUUGUAUGGAAUUUUCAUGGCAAUAUUCGUGA